CUCAAGUCUACAACCAAUAGGUCAAUGGUACCUGGCACCGACCCAUCUAUUCUUCCCAAGUACGGACACCACUGGAGUCUGAAGGCAGCAACAUCUGACACCCGUUUCAAGGGUUGGUUGGCGAUGUUGGCCAAACCCUCGAACCAGGGCCAUCAAGUACCGAGCAGCAGCGUUUGGGUGUUGUUUUCCAAGCUCACCAGGAGUCUGAUGAUCUUAGCUCUGCAGAUUCACAACCCCUUUCUGGACCGCAGUUGCCGGGAGUCAGCGGGACCACCGGUGAGGUCGGAGGCCAAGUCCAGUUCCCGCGGCGACCGAGGUGAGGCGGCGCAGCCGUACCGGCGACGGGAGGCUUCAUCGGACCGUGCACCUUCUUCCAGUGGGCUCUCUACAGAUGCCCUGCUUAGAGAGUUGGAUUCGAUCCAGGACAAGGCAAAGGAGCAGCAGGCGACUCUGGCAGCUGGUGGGCGGAUGCCGCCACCCAGUCCCAUCUUACAGCAUCUCAAGGACUCCGAGGCUGGUUUGAGCCAGACAGAGGUGCCCAGACAGGUGCGGAGUCAGACGCCGCAGGCUCCACCGCCCACGGAGUGGGUCCAAGCGCCGCCUGCCGUCCAAGCGCAGGGCGGCUUGGUGCGUCGCCGGGACGAGUUGGGUCAACUCCUGCAGGCCCAAAUGCCACGCGGCUUGGGAGUGAUUCUGGGCGUGGGCCGGGGCGACUUCGCCUUGAAGCUCUUGCGGGAUUGGUCCUCCGCGCAUGGCCUGUACUUGGUGGAUCCAUUUAUCCACCAGUGGAGAGGCUACGAGGAUCCUGCGAACUUGCAGGACAAUGAGCACCAGAUGCUUUUCGAGGACCUUCGGAAUCGCCUCGAACCCUACGAAGGGCGCUAUGUCUUGGUCCGGGACUUCUCCUACUCCUUCGCAGAGGUCUACCGUCGUGCGGACCAGACCCCGGGCGUGGCCACGUUUAUCUACAUCGAUGCUAACCAUGCGGAAGAAGAGGUGACUCGCGACUUGGAGCUUUGGUGGCCGAUCUUGGCAUCUGGCGGGCUGAUGGCAGGUAGCACCUACAUGGACGAUGCUGCGCGUAAGAUUCAGGUGCGGGCCGCGGUGGAUCGCUUCGCCCAGCAGCGACAGUUGCAGGUGACCACCAGUGAAGACGUGCCAUCCUCCUGGUUCAUCGUGAAGCCUUAGAAGCGGAGUUCUGGAGUUCAGAUGAGAUGAAGGGUU